UGUAAUGACUCAGGAGUUCUACCACUAUUUCGUCUCCCUGCUGUCCAUAAUGAAGAUGAAGUCGUCCCAGACAGCCAGGCAUCUGACGAGCGUCUGGGAAACCAUCAUUGCCGACCGCCUGGGAUCGCCCGCCAUUCCCGAGGAACACCGCAAGAUCAUCACGCUUUCCAAACAGACGGUGAAGUCGAUCUGGGCGAGCAUCGAGGAGGAGGCGGGCAGCCGCGGCGGCCUCAAGCUGCUGAAGGGGCCGCGUCGGAAGAAGAAGCCCCCGGCCCCAGCUGCCCCCUCUGCCCCUCCGCCCCCCGCCAUGCCCCCGCUGAACGGCCCCAGCGCCGCGCCGGUCGCCGUGUGCUCGGCCGCCGCGGCGCCCAUGGCCCCCCCGCCCGCCAUGCAGCACCACUGCAUGAAGCGCCUCAACACCAUCCAGCCCAAGCCGCCGCCGCCCAAACCGCCCAUGAUGGCCGCCCCGCCGCCCACUCACAACCACAUGCAGCAGCCGCCGCACGCACCCGUGCCGCAUACCCACUGGCUGGGGCAGGCGCCGCAGUACCCCCACAACAUGACGCCCUACCCCAUGGCUCCCCCCCCGACGGCCGAAUACUACCCCAUGCCAGGGCACUUCAUGGCACAGUACACGCCCGCGACCAUGGGCACCUCGCCUUAGGAGACUCUGGAAAGCGCUUCUUUUUUUAUUUAUUUUUUUAUUACUGAAAGAAUAUAGCAAUGAGAAUAUUUAUAAAUAUUAUGGAUACAAGACUUUGAGGCAUUUCAUAACAUUCCAUGUACAGUCAUGUCGCAUUGGUCAUUAUGGAUUUUUUAUUUACAUUGAAUGGAUUAAUACACAUCAUGCCGAUAUCCGUUCCUUGGCAUUUACUUCAUAACUCUCAAUAUUUACGGAAAUGUUUGUACUUUUUACAUUUCCAAAAAUGAUAAGUUCAACAAAUGAAAUGAAGGUACACCACACUGCCUAAUUUGUGUUCGCUUUACAAUAUUUUUUCACAUAACGAGUAACAUAAUGCAACAAUAUAUUGAUUUGAA